AUGAAGAACAACAUUAUGUUUGGGGGAAUCUCUUUCAAUUGUGGCAAUCGUUAUAAACUUAUAAAAUUAGUUGGAACAGGUGCCUAUGGUUCAGUAGUAUUAGCAUAUGACUUGCAAAACAAAAAUCACAAAGUUUCAUUUUUAUUGUUAAUUAUUUAGGUAGCAAUCAAAAAAUUAAAUGUAAUUGAAGAUGCUAUUGAUGCCAGAAGAAUAUUAAGAGAAAUUAAAAUCUAAAGAUCAAUGAAUCAUCAUAAUAUUCUCAAAAUUUAUGAUAUAAUCUAUGAUUAGAAACCUGAGUGUUUUGGAGAUAUUUAUAUUGUAAGUCCUUAUUUUCCAGCGGAUUUACAUAAAAUAAUAAAAAGUAAUUAAGAUUUAUCAGUGGAACAUGUUUAAUUUAUAAUGUAUUAAUUAUGCAAAGGAUUAUACUAUUUACAUUCAUCAGGUUCAAUUCAUAGAGACAUAAAGCCAGGGAAUAUUUUAGCAAAUGAGAAUUGUGAGGUAUGUUAUUGUGAUUUUGGGUUUGCUCGUAAGAAAGAUGAAAUAUAAGAUUAAGUAGAUGAAAAUAUGACAGAAUAUGUAGUAACUCGUCAUUAUAGAGCACCAGAAAUAAUGUUAUCAAAUUAAUAAUAUUCAAAACCAGUAGAUAUAUGGUCAUUAGGGUGUACAUUUGCAGAAUUGAUGAAUAGAAAGAUACUAUUUAAUGCUCCUAAUUAUAUAUAAAUGAUAAAGAUGUUUUUUGAUAUUUUAGGUAGACCAUCAGAUGAGGAACUUAAUUAAUUUGUAACAAAUGAAAAUGCAUUAUCUUUCAUUGAGACAUUACCUCAUAAGCCAAAGUAACCAGCAUCUAAAAGUGUACCAUAUCCAGAUGUUAAAGCUAGAGAUUUAUUAGAUCAAAUGUUAGAGAUGAAUCCAAAGAAUAGAAUUACUGCAUAAAAAGUUUACAUUAUCUUACAUAAGUGUUUAGAACAUCCAUUCUUUGAGUCUAUUAGAAAUUAAGCCGAAGAGAUAACAUUUACAGGAAAUCUAGAGUGCGAUUUUGAAAAUGAUGAUACCAUUACAUUAGAAAUGUUGAAAUAUCUUAUUCUUACAGAAAUCAAUCAUAUUAAAGCUAACAAUAAGGAAGAAUUGAUUAAUAUUCAAGAAGAAUUGAUAAGAAUAGGA